AUGGCGUCCACAUCCACGCCAUCUGGCUCUGGCCAAGCAGCUCUGCCUCCGGUCGACUUGAAGCCAUUGUUGACCAAGCUCUGGCCCGUCAAUAAUGAUGUGACGGCAGAUGACAUCGCUGAGGCCAUCUCUCAUUUUUUCACAAACCAAGUGACAGAGGCGCAGACAGCUGCGCUGCUGAUGGCCCUCCAUUUCACCAAGUUGGACUUCCGAGCAGAUGUUCUCCAAAAGACGGCGAGUGUCAUGUUGCAAGCCGCCGAGGAAAUCCCUGUAAAAGAACUCAAUGCUGUACUUGCAGAAAGAGGCAGAAAAGAAGGAGCCUACAAUGGCGGAUUGUGCGAUAUCGUUGGCACUGGAGGUGACUCUCACAACACCUUCAACGUCAGCACAACGGCAUCAAUCCUAGCCUCUUCACUUCUCAUGGUGUCCAAGCACGGAAACAGAGCCAGCACAUCAAAAUCGGGCAGUGCCGACAUGAUCAACAGCAUGAAGCCCAAGGCACCCGUCAUCAAUGCAGUCAAGCCCGACUCCUUAGUCCAAGUCUACUCCGCGACAAACUACAGCUUUCUCUUUGCGCCAGUUUUCCACACUGGUAUGCGCUACGUUGCCCCAAUUCGGAAACAGCUUCCCUUCAGAACCGUCUUCAAUAACUUGGGACCCUUGGCCAAUCCUGUGGAGGCUGUCUUGGAAGCUCGCGUGAUUGGUGUUGGAAGACGGGAUCUCGGUCCCGCCUUCGCUGAAGCCUUGAGAGCGGCUGGUUGCCGGAAGGCCUUGAUUGUCUGUGGAGAAGAGGAACUUGAUGAAAUUAGCUGUGCCGGUGGCACACUUUGCUGGAUGUUGCGGGAGCAGUCACCGGGAGGCGUGGUUGACAUUACCCAUUUUACGGUCACCCCGGAGGAUUUUGGGGCCAAGCGUCAUCCGCUCAGCGAAGUAUCACCGGGUAAAGAACCGGCUGAGAAUGCCGAGAUUUUGCAAACGAUACUCCGCGGAGAAUUUCCCCUGGAUGAUCCCCUCAUUGACUUCAUUGCCAUCAACACGGCAGCUCUUUUCGUCGUAGCAGGCGUUUGUGAAGCUGACUCGAGUGACAUGGGACAUGGCGAUGACGGAAAGGUCAUCCUGGAGCGCGGCCACGCCGGUCAGCGCUGGAAAGAGGGAUACAGGAGGGCCAAGUGGGCAAUCAAGAGCGGCGAGGCUUGGAAGCAGUGGCAAGCAUUUGUCGAUGUUACCAAUAAGAUUGGUUCAUGA